GCCAGAUCAUGUGUAUUUUAGUUAUGUUUUUUUUUGGUAAAAAUGUAAAGAUAUUAUUACCAGUUUUAAAGUUUUUGACAGAAUAACAAAGACGACAAGUAGCAGAUAGCAUAAAAAAAAACUAAACACAGACACGAUCAUGACAGUACAGGGACAGACACACAAACAGGAGCCAUCAGCAGGUGGCCGCAAUUUAUCCGCACAUCCGCUUGCCGCAAAAGGAAGAACCGCAGUUAUUUCGAGAGUCAGAACCCGGUAAUUUUGGCCUCCCCGAUGAUCUGCUCUUAAUGAUUGGUUCGACCAAGAACAGCUCGAAGACGACUACCAAAGAAUCCGCCACCACAACCAGACAGCCACAGAAGAGGCCUAGAACGCCGCAACGACAAGACCGAACAUUUAUUAAGCGCAUAAGCCACCAAGUAGCUAAGCGCCAAAGGAGCUAUACAAAACAGGCUGAAGACGGCAACAGCUCCACAACAAGCACUCCGGAUCCUCUGAACAACCAGAAGAACCCAUCCACGUGAAGGCAGAACGCUAAGAAACUGACUCCAAAUGCUGGGAUGAUGGGCUCAAGCCAUGGCAAGAACGAGACUCCACCUACGCCAAAGACAACUCGGAGAGGGAGAGACCCAGCCAUGGACAGACCCUGAGAACCAGGGCACUGACCGGUUUGUAAACGGAACAGAAGCAUCAUAAGGCGAAUAGAGACAGCCGAAGAGGACCCAAGAGACAGUCGAAGGUGAUUUACAAUGUCGCAAACCACCACAGACGCAUAGAGGGAGCGUCGAGGCUAGAAGAGGUCAAGAAGGAGCACCACGAACACGGCAAGAUCAGAAGCCAUAGACGACUCCAAGUCGAGACCCAUGUUGCAGCCACACACGCCAAGGAGAGGCUACCGGAGACGACACACGCCGAACCCAGGAGGCACUCAAACGCGUCAUUGAGGAUGAUCCUCUCCGUACCUUCUGCACAACGGACAUCGAGAACUCCGAUCGUCGAGACGCCUCGCGCGAACGUGAAAUACACGCGCCGCCGUGCCACACCGCCGGGACAACAUAAAGCAUCAAAAGCUGGUAGACGAGCAGAUCCAGGCCGGAAGUACCACCAAACAAAGCCACGCGCCGUCAAUCAAUGGAGAUCGUCCGAGAUCUAAAAAGGUAAAAAACGACUCCGAGCGAAACCCUACCCAAAAAGCCGACUCCAUCCUCCCACCCUCACUGCACCGGCCUCGCAGAAUCACCAGAACAGCAAGACGACCACCGGAAUCGGCCUAGGCUCCUCCGCCGGUGAAAUCUCCAACUCCAGGGAUAACCGCAUAUCGGAGGGCGAGCGAGAGAGGAGAGAUGAAGCAAAAAGAAAACAGAGAGAUAAGGAGGAGAGGCCCUCCGACGGCGAGGAAGAUGAACGGCCGCCGGAGGCAAGAACGGUACACUUUUCCGAGCGAGAGUUUAUAGAGAGAGGGGUUUUUAGAGAGAGAGGGAGUCGAAAUACCAAACUUGUGUCAUGUAGUCUAAUUCAUAAAUAGAGUAGAGAUUUUUAUCAAACUAGUGAGAGUAGAGUAGAGAUUUUUAUCACAUAAUUACUUUUUAGUUAUGUUUCAACAUGGUUUUCUGUUAUUGUGGAUGAAUAGGUAAAAACAUAGCUUUUUAAAUUUAGCUACGAAUUUUUCGUGGAAAUGCCGUAGUUAUUUCAAAGAUUUUUACUGGUGUAAAUGUAAAUCUCCAUGUACUAGGAGACAAUCAGUUUUGUUUAGUAAAUAAAAAUUAAAAGUUAAAAAAACUUAAAUAUGAAUUUAAAAAUUAUAAUUUAUUUUAUCACAUAAUUACUGAACAAACCUUAAAUACAUUUAUUGAUUUCAAUUGAAUAUUACUUUCUAUUUUUUUUUCAAGUUCAGUUUCAUAUUUUCUCAACACUUUUAAUUUGACGAGUUUGAGUUCGUAUUUUCAAUCCUGGUACGUUUCCUAUUUAUUUUCUUACAUACAUGGCUGGGUUCUUAUCCAAAUAUUAUUUCAUAUAAUAAGAUUAAAAAUCAGAUUAAUCUCAAAAUUUUGUUGUUAUCAGUCAACGUUGUGGGACUAUGGUUCAGAUUGCACAAUACAACUCGUUCUUGGAUCUUUAUAGCUAAUUUAAACUCUCAUUUACAAAUAUAUGUAGAUUAGUGAGAGUAGAGUAGAGAUUUAUAUAUUUGUGGUAGGGACGGUUUUGCUUUUCGAAAAUGUUAGGAACUCCAUAACAAAAAUAAAAUUUAGGGCACAUUAACUGAUCUAUUCCAUAUGUGUCGAUUUAUUUUAAGUUGUAGAUUCAUAUAACUUAUCAUAAAAAGAACUUAUAUGUAAAACCUAAAGAACAUUGGGAAUAAAAAAAAGCUAUGUCCCUAAAUCUCAUCAAAGGGUCAAUUGCAAUAUACAAACUACUUGUCUUCGAAAUCGCAACAUCGUGUAAGAGUUCCCCUUUGGCCUACAUUUGUGGUACCACAUCUACUUGAUUCUUCAAAUAUAUAUGUAUAUUAUAUAUACACUAGUUGUUCCCAAGGAGCAUGUCAUCCAUCAUCCUAGUAACCAUGUCUUAUAAUCCCACUAAUGAAAACACAUCUAUUUCGUAUUUUAUGAUAGAACAUUUUCUACUUUUCUUUGUCUGACAAAAAAUAAGUUAUCUUUAAAAUUGUUUACUACUCGGACCGCGAAAUCGGAUGGUCCCCAACCUUUGAUAGCUCAGCGUGAGAUUUGAAUAUUAGGGUUUAGUACAAUUUGGAAGCCUAAUUCAUGCAUCAUGGUCCCCAUAAUCUUUGAUAUAUAAGUUGGUAAUAGUACACCAUCUUUCGGCAAUUGGUAAUGGUACACAUUUAUAGCUUAAUAUAUGUAUUUUCAAAAGAAAAAAAGUGAGUAAAUAUUAUUAUACUUUAGUGCAAUGGACCACAAUUGAAUGUGACCCAUGAAAGGUCUAUCGCGCUCAAGUUUUUAUUACUAAUCUAGUACUAAAUCGCAUCAACCCAAACUAACAUAUUAUUAAUUUGGAAUGGACCAAACGUUCAGAAUAUAUAUACAUAGACAUAGGCGAUCGCAUUUAUAUAUAUAUUUGCACAACAUAUGUACUCGUAAGGGGUUGUGUACAGGUACAUGUAUAAAUAGUGUGCCAUGCAUUCGUAUACGUACAUCUAUAUAAAAGUACGUGCCUUAAUAUACAUUUGGUAUGUCAAUGACCAUAGUUUGCCUUUAACUGAUAUUAGAAAGAUUAUUAAGCGAGGACACUAUAUUAGAAACUACAAAAAAACAUAUUUUUGACGGGGCAUUUUACAGUUUCUUCACUAAACUAAUUAUAAUUGAUAAAUUAAUAUAAAUUACCAAAGAAAACAUAAAAAUAGUACGGGACACAUGACCCUGUACUGCCGUACAUGUGUCCGCCCCUGAUUAUAACAUAAGCCCAAUUUGGUAUAAUAUAAUCACUAAUAACACAUCAGAUAUACUUCAAAUUUGUAUUAAAUAUGAAAAUAUUUUAUAUUUUGAAAGAUAAUAAAAUUCUAAAACAUUUUAUUAUAUAAUGUAACACACAAAAUAUUUUAAAAUGUAUUUAAUUUAUUAAAUUAGGUUAUAGUUUAAAUUUUUAUUUGUACCCAUUAUUUAAACCAUUCAUAAAGUAAACUUCUACCAAUAACCCAAUAAAUAGUUACAUAGUUGAUAUUUUCUUAGUUUUACCUUCAAAUAUUUACAUAUAUCUACCUAAUUCACUCAGGAUAUUUCCAACACAUAACACUAUUUUAGUGUCAAUAUCACACUAUUUAUUUAUAAAAGAUUAAUCUGCGAGUAUUCAGACCUAUGGAAGGACCCAAAAUCAUACUAUUUUAGUGUAGUUUCAAUGUUGAAAUAUUAUCCUCCAACCGCAACCAAACUUUAUACUAAACACUAUUUUAUACUAUUAUAUUAUUAAAUUACAAUUUUUGUAAUUAUUUAAUGUUAGAAAUAUACAUAACUAUUACUAUAUAAUUAUAUUACAUAAAACACAUUACAAUAUUAACAUUUUAAAAUAUAUUAUUUACUGUUUAAAUAUAUAAUAAUAUAAAAAUAAGUUAUUCCAAUAUAUAUAACAUUUUUAUCUAAAUACUUAAUUUACUAUUUCAUAUGUAUUUAUUUUAUUAUUUUCAUUUAUUUAAUUAUAUAUUUUAUUAAAAUAAGUAAAUAGUGUUUAAUAUUAUGAAUAGUAUAACAAUAAAUUUGGUAUAAUAUUAUAAUGUUCCAUUAAAAUAGUGUGACUUUUAAUGUUGGUUUGGAAAAUUUUUAAUCUGAAAAUUAUAAUAAAAUAGAGUUUAGUGUUGCAUUGGAGAAAACCUGUAUAGGUGAUGAUCUAUUGUAACAUGAACUAGUUAUGCUGAGUUUUUUUUUUUGUUAAUAAUAACAUUUGCUUAAAGUCAAUAAAUAUCUACUAAAUUUAGGGGGAAAAAGAACUAGUCAGGUUAUUAUUUUUCGUUAAUAAUAGUAACUAGAUAGUCUUAGACUUAUUACUUCACAUAAUUCUUCUAGGUUUUACCAUUUUAGGCUUCUACAUGCAUUUUCAGAUCUGUCAACUGUAUACAUGCAACUUUCCUAUAUAUGCUAGCUUAUUUAUUGGUGUGGUUAAGUAUAUUGCAUCGUUAUAGAAAUUUUUUAUCUUUUUUUUUAAAUGACUAGGAAAUUUUUUGAUCCAAAAGUAUGUACUUCUCUAUACGACGACAUCCAAACCAUAUUAAAUUAAUUCUCAUUAGAAGAAUAGACAUGUCCCAAAAGAAUCAAACCUGCGAUUUUCUCUAUUAUAAAUGAUCUACCAAAUUGGUCUUUGAUUUUUAUUUUAGAUUUAAUUUGGAUAUGUUUCUUGCAUUUAAUUCACUACAAAUUGAUGCUAUCCUAUUUUAAAGAGGUGCAGUUGUGCAACUAAAAGACAAUGCUCUUAGAACAUUUCUAAUGUACAUCUUUAUAAAUCCUAAAAUAAAAAAAAUUAUUACAGUAAUUUUUCUCUAAUAUAUGCUUUUAUAAUAGAUUUCCUAUAUUUUUAGGGAAAAAUAUAGAGCAAUGCUACUUUUCCUCUAUAUCUAGGGAUGAUAAUAGAAUUUCUCAAUAUUUUCUCAAAAAAAUCUUUUAUAGAUUUAUAUAUUAGAGAAAAUUCAAUUUAAUAAUUUUUUUUAUUUUUAAAAAGAUAUAAAAAUAAAUAUAGAGGUGGUUGGAGAUUUUCUUAGUCAUUCACAAACUUCUAUAUUCUGUUAUGAAAUAUAAAUGUUUAAAUAUUACGUGAACCCUUUGAUCAAUAUAUAUAACGUAAACCAUUCUGAACAAAAAAAAUUAUAAGGUAUUAGUUGAUCUUCUCAUAUAUGUAUAAAUCUUUUCUUUUUAUUCCAUUUAAGGGAUGUAAAUUUUGUCGUUAAUGCAAAUGAUUUGUUGUCAUGUGGAGGUUAACAUUGUGAUAGGUCAAGUUAUUUAUUAAUAUUUUAAUUUUCAUCUUCUUAUCUAUUCAUAUAUUUUAUACCAUAUGGUCAAAAGAUCCAAUGGAUUGACAGCAUUUGUUGAUAGAACUUUGAUCUUGAUAAUUACAGGUUUUAUAUUGAAUUAGAACUGGCCAAUCUCCGUACAAUUAAAACCAGCAAUGUUAGUUAAGGAAUUACUCCAUUAACUAAUAAUAAUAGUGAAGACUAUUUCGGACACAUAUAGACAAUUUUUGUGCUUCCACUUUCCCUAAUUGUAUCAGUUGAUACUUUCUCUUCUUUUUUUCCUUCAGAUGCCUUUGUGUAUAUAGCAUAUUUAUGCAGAAAAUGGGAAGGGGAAGGGUUCAGUUACGGCGGAUCGAGAACAAGAUAAGGAGACAAGUGACAUUUUCAAAGCGAAGAACGGGUUUGGUGAAGAAAGUUCAGGAGAUCUCAGUGUUAUGUGAUGCUGAUGUUGCUUUGAUUGUCUUCUCUCCAAAAGGCAAGCUGUUUGAGUACUCUGCUGGUUCCAGCAUGGAAAGCAUUCUUGAUCGAUAUGAGAGAUGUUCAUUCGCCGGUCAAAAUAUUCCUACACCAAGUUUGGAUUCACAGGGUGAGUGCUCAACAGAAUGUUCGAAGCUCUUGAGGAUGAUUGAUGCUAUGCAAAGAAGCUUAAGGCACUUGAAAGGAGAAGAGGUUGAUGCUCUAAGUAUCAGAGAGCUCCAGGGUCUGGAAGUGCAACUUGAUACUUCCCUCAAGAGAAUUCGCUCAAGAAAGAACCAGCUCAUGGUAGAGUCCAUAACGCAGCUCCAGAAAAAGGAGAAGGAACUCAAAGAACUGAAGAAACAUCUAACAAAGAAGGUUGAUCAAAGAGAAGACAUUGAGACUCAAAACCUCAGCCAAGGGUUAGCCUCAUUGGAAACGCCACCAUGUGAGCCACCGCACCCGUUGCCCCGACCAAUAUCUCCCAAUCCUCCUUUACCUCUUGGGAACAUCUCGCAUAGGAAUGAAGUUGGAGAAGCAGAUGGUGGAACCCUAAUAAUUCGACCGACGAAUACAACAUUGCCGCACUGGAUGCCCCGGGUCACUGGAGAAUAGAGGUCGACAGGGCAUCUUGGUUUGUUAUUUUCAGUACUUAUUAGUAUCUAGUAAGGAAAUAACUUCUCGGUUUAAUUAGUAGAAUCAAACCGAAUAUCAGGAACUAUUUUCGGUUAUGGCAUUCUAAUAACCAGCAUAAGUAAGUUUCAAACUUCGAAACGAAUUUAUUAAAAUUGUAUCUCGAAUGUGAUUUUGUAUAUUUUAUCAAUGAUUGUAGCUUACAUUUUGUGAAUUUAUUUGUGUGAUUCGCAUGCUAUGUUAAUUUCGAGUUGGGAUUCGUGUAGCGACAAAAUGACGAUACAAAAACCAUUAUUCCUUUGUCCAAAAAAAAAACCAUUAGGAUCAGUGGAUUAGAACACCAUUAUCAGUAAAAACGGUAAGGGGUUCUAAAAGAAAAAAUAUCUUUAUUUUAAUUAUAUGAUUAUAUGUUUAUUUUUUAGAAUAUGUUCAAAAUAAGGAUUAAUUUGCAUACUAGCCAUAUUGAAAGACAAUACUAAAGUAAAUGAUGGAUGUGACAAUUUGACACAAAAAUGGAAAAAAAAUUCUUUCUAUGCGCGUGUGCUUGCAUUUUAUAAAUAUAUAAUUUGCAUACUAUACUGUAUAUAUCACACAAUAGUAUAAUCUAUUAUAUCAAUAAAAUCUAUAUUAUUCAUUUGCUAUGUCCGUUUUAGUAACUGCUAAAGAUAAUAAGAAAGAGAAGGCUAAGAAAAGAAAUAGAACAAGAGAAGGAAGGGGAAAAAAGAAAAGAAAUAGAAUGAGAAUGAAGAGGGGGAAAAGGAGUAUGAUGAUGAAGUGAAGAAAUGAAUAAGGAGAUGGUAAGAAGAAGGGCGAGAAAUAUAAGGAAGAAAAUGAUUAAAAAAAAAGAGAAAAAAAAGAAAUCAAAGGGAAGAAGCAAAAUGUUAUAAUAUACUAUAUUAUUUUUAUAAAAUAAAA